AUGGGCCUGUUGGCUCUUGGAGCUCUAUUAUUGGGCAUACUGUAUAUCGUCUACACGAAUCCGAAGAUGCUACGAAACUGGUUACCUGGCUGGCUCGCCACCGACCAGCAAAAGGACAACAAUGUCGAGAUAAUCGUCAAGACAAAUGAGAAGGAUGCCAAAUCUCCAGCAGGUUCCGAGCAGACCAUUUCAGAUCAAGAUGCCUCUGAAGAGACUACGCCGAAAGCAAAGCCAUCGAAACCCGAAGUCGAAGUUCCUACAUUCACCUUGAGUGGCAACGACCAUGAAAACGACCCAGAAAGCGACACCGAACCGUCAGUGCCAUCCUUCCCAGCGGCUAACAGUGCCCAACGAGCAUCAGCCAUGCCUCCGCCACCCAAGCCGGCUGUCAAGAGCAGUCCCGGUCUUAUGGCUCCACCAGCACGACCUGUCGCUGCUCCAAGAGCAAGUCCAGCAGCAGGCCUUCGAGUGCCGACCACGGGACCUCUCCCAAACCGUGGACCGCCUGUUGGCAGUCAGCAGCGUGUGAGCAAUGGUCUUUCGCCGAACGGCGCAGUGAAGACGCCAAACGCUCGAGGCAAAGUACUUCUUUCACCUGGCCACUCCCCAAUGGACUGGGCAGCAUUGACCAAAAGCGGCAACAUCAGCGGCGUGAGCAGCUUCCAGCGAGUGACGCCUAGUCAGCUGAAGUCGAUGACAGGGAGGAAAGGAAAGCCGGCAUGGAGUAGUUGGCAAGGGAAGGUGUACAAUAUUACACCGUAUCUACCGUUCCACCCUGGUGGCGAAGCCGAGCUCAUGAAAGCUGCUGGUCGUGAUGGCACGAAGCUCUUCAUGGAAGUGCAUCCUUGGGUGAACUGGGAGAACAUGCUGAGCACUUGCCUUGUUGGUGUGCUCGUGCCUGAAGAUUAUGCCAAGUCUUCGUUGGAGGACAUGGACUGA